UUAUAAAACUGUUAGAACACUAUAUAACAAGAUAAAUAUUUCAAACUAAUCAAAACACUACCAUAUGAUAAAGAAUAAUAACAAGAUACGUAGUAUGCACACUCGUGACAACCAAGAAAGCAGUAACACAAGCCACGGAUAUGUUUGGUUAUGGCUAUGUACGAGAUGUAGAACUGACGACCAGGUGGUCGGAGUUGGUAUAGGGCGAUCCCCCUGUCGCUGAGUGAAGGUCGUUCAUAAAUACUUCCUUGGCAAAAACGCAAUAAGCACGAAGCGUGCACCAGGCAUUUUAAAGCCCUUUUGUGAACUAAAAAACUCUGCAAGAGACAUAAUCUAUAAUAUCGUAUAUAACUGUAUUUGGCGUUUUGGUCAAAGUCUACUAUUCUAAUAUGACGGUGGGAAAAGUAAUAAAUCAUGAAUUCAUAGUCAUAUGCUUCUAAUUUGUAUUUCAAAAUUAACAAUAAUAAGAAAUUGAAAGCAAAAUACUUCUGCACUGUAAAAAAUCUUUGCUCAUUUAAGCCAAGUUUUUAUUAAAGCAUACAUUGUGGGUUGCAGUACCAGUCCAAUAUUUUGUACCAAUUAAAACAUUUUUCAUCAUCUUAUAGUGACUUAAAAUCAUUUUGAAAAAUAAAUAUUGAUAUUCAAGUUAUUGAUCAUUAAGAUUCGACAAUCUAUUGAUUGGGGUUCUUAUGCCGAGUUCUACCCUUUGCAGACAUUUUGAAAAUUUGAUAAUUAUUUAUUAAUGACCAAAAAAUAUUACCACUGUUUAACUUGGAAGAUAUCCAAAUUGUGCAAUGUUUUUCUUUUAUCCUUGACUUGAGAUAAAUAAUUUGAGUGAAGCUCUGAUUUUAUUGCUGAGAAACGUACAAUUUAGAAACAAAAAUUACAAGCGGGUGUUCCAACUAGUGAAUAAGACUGAAAAAGUCAAUUACUUUCCUAAUAUAUUGAAUUUCCUGAAUAGCACAAUAGAAAAAUAUUUCCCACAGGGAGCUUCAUAUCCUGCACAGAAUUGCAAACCGCAAAUAGCCAGUGAAUGAAUUGAGUGGUUCUAAGUAAUUCAUUAGUGCUAAAGAGAAGCAAGCAAACACUGUAUGUAUCCAUAGAAACCCAAUGAAAUGCUAAUUUUAUUGGAUGUAAGGCAAAGUAAAUUACAUACUAUCAAAAAUAAAUUAUUUAAUAAUUAGUUAAAAUUAAUGUAAAAGCAACUUCUGAAAUAAUGCAGUUUCUUUCAAUUUUUUUAGUCAUUGACUAGCUGCCUAUUCACACCCCAAAUGUCUCUAAGAAAUAUGAAAAUUCACAAACCAUCAACAUUUUGGUUCUAUAAUUAAUUAAACUUAUCCAUGAUUACCUGACCAGAGAUCUCGCACAUGGCUUCACACAAUCCUAACAGUAGUAGUAGCAGCUUCGUCAUUGACAAAGAUGGACUCAAACUCACACUGGAUGUACAACAGUACCGUCCAGAAGAGCUGACUGUACGAGUGGUAGAUGAUUUUAUUAUUGUUGAAGGAAAGCAUGAAGAAAAAAGCAAUACAGGUGGUUAUGUUUCACUUCAGUUCACCCGCCAAUUCAAGAUUCCAGCUGAUGUGGACAAGGAGGCAGUGAAAACAUAUUUGUCUUCUGAUGGGAUUUUGCAAAUCGAAGCUCCUAAAUUGCAGAAAUUGUCUCCUUCUGAAGGUCGCACUAUUCCAAUUGCUCAGACUAACCGACCAGCUCUGAAGAAAGCUGAAUAAAACUGAAUUGAUGUAUAGAAAAUAAAAUUUAAAAGUGUCAUGCUCAUA